AUGGCUCCAGGGGAUUUGAAUUUGAAGAAAUCAUGGAAUCCGAAAUUGAUGAAGAAUCAAAAGAAAGUGUGGGAGAAAGAACAGGAAGCGCUCGAAGAACGAAAGAAGAUCCAAAGUCGUCAACGGGAGAUUCAAGAGGAACGAGAGCGUCAAGAAUUACGUCGUCUUCGUCAACAACAACAUGGAAAAUCAUCGUCUUCCAAUGAUGUGGAACGCAUGGAUUGGAUGUACGAGCAUGGAGAGGUUGGUGAUGGGUUGAAGAAACCCGGAAACAACGAUGCCAAUGAUGAUGAAGAUGAUGAGAAUGAGUACUUGGUGGGGAAGAAGCGGUUGGACGAUUUAAUCAUUAAUUCUGAUGAUAAGAAACAGGUGAACAAGCAUAAUAGACUAGAAAACACUUUAAUGGUAGGGAGACAGCAACAACAGCAGGCUGAUGAUGUUGGGACGACUAAUCUGGGAUCCUCUAGCAGGUCCGCAGGCGGGUUAUUGGAUCAGAAAGAAUUAAUGAAGUUAGCAAAGGAUGAUCCAAUGGUGAAGAUCAAGUAUAUGAGGCAAUUACAACUACAGCAGCAGCAGCAGGAGACGACGAGAAAGCAAAAGGAUAUAGAAAAUAAUAUAUCAAGUGAUAAAGAUAGACAGUACAAUGAUAGGCAUCGCGAUAGGCAUUAUGAAAACCAAAGAUCGACGAGACGUGAUGAAGGGUAUUCAGAUAGAGAUAGGUCCAGUAGGGAUCGUGAUCAUCGCCAAGGAAGUGAUGGAUCAAGGCACGGAGAAUCUAGAAAAGAUCGCCUUGACAAAGAUCGUGAUUAUCAUAGAGGGAAAGAUCACUACAGAGAUCGUUCGAGUCAUAGGAGAGGUCGUGAUGAUUACCACAGAGAUCGCAGCAGUAGUAACAGGGACAAUGAUCAUUAUUCUCGAUCUAAACGACAUGAUGAUCAUCGAUACAGAUCUCAUCAUAGAAGUUCUCACAGCCUGAGAUCUCAUGAAAGUUCCACUAAGAAAGACUUAGAAGGCCAACAGAAAGAUAGAGAAAGCGUUGUUGCACUAAACAAAUGA